GAGUAUCCUAACAUGGCUGCAAUUUGGUGAACUUGCCACGUUUAGAUCCGGCGUCAUUCUCUGCGAAUUCUCCAAAGUGCAAAGUUUCUAAGCAUUGUUGAAGGAGUCCGCAUUAUAUCACUCCAACAAUGUCCCAGGAGAGCAAGGUUGAGGGCUCGGCCGGUGCCGAGAAUAGUGUGCCCUCUGAGGUGACAAAGGGUAGUAUCCGCCAGAAGAUCUGGGCUUACAUUAAAGACAAUGACCUAGCCACGUUCCCUAGGGACGUCAAGGACCGGAUCCCUAACUUCAAGGGAUCUGAUGAGGCUGCGGUCCAAGCAUCCGAGCUCGACAUCUUCAAGAACGCUGGUACUAUCGAGAUCAACCCAGAUAAGCCUCAGCAGAAAGCUCGGUUCCUCGCUCUUGAGGCAAACAAGACCCUAUUGGUUCCCUCGACCAGGCUGAGGACAGGUCUCUUCAACAAGAUCACCCCGCCUGAAGAUGCGAAGACCGAGCAGUUCAAACUCUGCUCAACCACACGGGGCGUGAGAGAGCACAGCACUCCAGUUGGUCUUGAUUCUGAUAUGAAGAUCGAUUUGGUGAUUACAGGGUGUGUGGCAGUCUCCAGGGAAGGUCACCGUCUUGGCAAGGGUGAAGGUUACGCUGACCUUGAGUUCGGCAUGAUGAUGGCGAUGGGCGCAGUCAACCAGAGCACGCUGGUUGUCACGACCGUCCACGAUUGCCAGAUCGUGGAUAUCCCAGAAUCCCUGAUGCAGCCAAACGACGUCGGUGUCGAUUAUAUCGUUACCCCAACCGAGGUCAUCAAGUGCAACAACACGAGGUCGAAACCAACGGGUGUCAUUUGGUCCCUGCUCACGCAAGAUAGGUUGAACCGCUGCCCGGUUUUGAAGAAGCUGCGCGUCAUUGAGCACAAGCAGGGCAAGGACGUGAAAAUCAAGGAUGAUGAGGCAGCGCCCACUUUGGAAGAAUUGGAAGAGGCUGCAGCCAAGGUUGACGAGGUUGAUGAGGAAGGCCAAGGCGACCAUGAUGGCAGGGGCGGAUAUCGCAGGAGACGUUUCUUCCGUCGUUACCCACGCAGGUCUCGUCGCUCAGGUGGGGAAGAAGGUGAUGAAGAAAAGGGUUCCGCAUCCGAGAACGACCAGGCGGAGGGCAGAGGCAAGCCAAGGCCACGUCGGCGCCAGAACCGCCGGCGUCGCCCAGACCAAGAUGGCGAGGGGCCUGAGGAUGGUGAGGAGGGCGAGGGAGACGGCGAUCGCAGGAAGCCACGUCCAAAGCGUAACAAUCAGCGGCGCCAACGUCGGUUCCCUCAGGGCAGGAGGAAGCGGUCCCAAGAUGGCAGCCAGGAGCGCGACAGCGAGGGACGCGAUGGUGGAGAUGGGGAGGACCGCCCAAGGAUGAGUCGUGGCAAGACGAGCAGCGUCUACAUUGGUGGUAUCCCCAAGACACUGCGGGUGUCUGAACUGAAGCAGCAGGUUAAAGACAAGGAUGUGAAGCCGCUGCAGGUGAUCUGGCAUGGAAGGAACGGCCACGCCUUCCUCGUGUUCCCGAAGGAGAAGGAGGCUGACGAAGCUCUGAGCUGCCUUGGCGAUCUUUGCAUCAACGAGAAGAAGUUGACAGUACAACUAUCGAAACGCACACAGAACAGGCGCAAAGAUGGCGGCGAUGGCUCCGGGAAGGAAGACAACGCCGAGAGCACUGAUUGAGUUUCUUGUAAUCCCCACCAGAGGUCACUUUUAUCAUUCUUGUACAGUUGAUCAUGAUGUCAUGGUGGCUUCGUUAGGCAGCAGUCCUUAGGUUGAAGAUUAUCACUUUUUUGCUAAUUCAGCGCAGACGUCUUGGAACAAGCUGCCAAUCCCCUGGUGAAAAUGAUAAGAUUGAUGAUAGGUCAGGGGCUUCGGUUGUUGGAUGGGUUCCUUUACGCCCUCACUUUCCGCAAUAGACUCUUCCAAUGCAUGCGCUAGAAGAGUUUAUACUGGAAAAUAGGGGUGAAAGUAACAGUGUAACCUAAAUUACACCCCACUUUCAAUGGACUCUUCUAACUAGAAGAGUCUAUUCAUACUGGAAAAAGGGGGUGAACUAAGUUAAAUCUCUUGGGGUGUAUAAAUAAAACUGAUACCCAUUCUAUAAGUAAGUUAUUUUUGUAUCGAUGCGCUGAAAAACCCAAGAGAAUUUACCAGCUAUGAUGAAAAUAGUGUGUGAGAGUAUUUGUGAUUUGUACGAUGACUUUUGACCGUCAUGAAAUUGUUUGAAAACCUUUAAAAAAAAUUGUAAAAUCUAAAACUUUGCUGCCUUCUGUUAAAUGUUAUUUGACUAAAAUAGAAUUUUGUGAACAUUUUGUUUGAAUGAUGCUCGAUAUUUUGAGAGGAAUUGAAGAAAAAAAUUGAGAAAAUUGAAUCCGUCUUUGAAUUGAUGAAAUGUACUUAAAUUGUUUAUUAUUGGCAAUGAACAAAUGGUUCUAUGUGCUGUAAUUGAUGCAAAGCUGUGGAGAUUUUCGUAUUUUCAACUUUGGGGAUAUUGUUACCAUUUGUGUACACAUACAAAAAUGUUACUAGUAAGAAGUAUUACAAAUUUUGUUUUGAAUUUUGACCGCCCUAGUUACCUGUUGGUAUUCAUGGGUUAAAAGGCAAAGUAAUGCAUAAUUGAGAAGCCACUGCCUGAAGUUAGACCAUGAUACGCGCUUUUUACCGACACAUAUGCGUAUUAAAAUCUGGUGGGGUCAAACACGAUUAUUGUGGCGAAAUAUGUCAGAAGAUUUGUUGAUUUCUCUCGUGUUACCAUGGUUACUGUUUAAACAUGAAAUCUUGGUUGCGAUCAUUGCUCAUGAAGUAAAAAAAAACUGUAGAUGCGUGAAUUGUACUAGAUUUCGUUAAAUUUCCGCGGUGGACACCCGGAAAGACAUGGCACAGGUCACUAUUGAUGGUACUGUUGAGUUGAGUCUUUCUUCCCUAAUAUUGUGGUGAACUUUCCAUCUAUAUUCUUAAUAUUCAAAAACCGGGAUCAAAGGCAUUAAAACUUCUUAUUUAGUUAUCUGCCGGAUAAUUUUUUCACGCUCUUUUUCGAAUUUGAACUUUUUCUGAGGUGGAUUCUUUUCUCAUUUGUCUGGGGUAGGUAUGGAUAUUUGGCCUCUAGAAAAAUAAACUAUUGGCCUUUCUGUUGAAGAAUUUCUUGUAUUGGACUAUUACAAUAAUUUAUGUACAUAUCUCGACCCAUGUUUCAUCCAUGGGCAGUUGUUGUUGGAGCUCAACCAAUCGGAAUCAACAAACGGGUUCCUAAAUGUCAAAAUUUGCAUACCUUUUCUUCAAUUAUUUGCGAGUCCUGAUUUAGUUUUAAAAAACCUGGGUAUCUAAUGGUGUGGGAACAACUUCUUGAGAAAAAUCCUUUGAAAUUUUCACAAACUGUUGAGGGUGUAUUUAGCGAAAAUAUGGCUUAUUCGAACCAUGUUCAUGAGAAAUAAUCACUGAUAUUUAUAUCGUUAUUAUUUCUCAAAUCUUGGUGUUUAAAAUUCAACCAAAGUCGUGUUGAUCCAAGAUGUUGGAAACGUUUGUACAUUUUGUAAACACAAGCGUACUUCGGUCCCGCCAACUUGAACUGACAUGAACUGACAUGCUUUUGUUAGGUCUUGCCUCACAAAAUACAUUUGGUCUGAUAUAUUGCUUUAACUUAUGAAAUGAUCUCGUUUUUUGUUGCGACGGUUUAUUUAUAGGUCAUAACUCGAUACUUGCUGAGACCGGAGAAUUCAUGCUGGAAAUUUUACAGCCAAGACUUAAAACUGUAGUAGAAUCACUUUUUGUCUGGAAUUAAAGUCACACUCAUUUUGUAGAAAUCUCAAUGAAUAUUUUCCUUAUCCCAUUCCGCUGUGUUUGACCUGACGAAUAUUAUAGCUUACAGUCAUUGAACAGAUGUGCUUUAAGAAUCUACAACUCGACAAGUGCAAUAUUUAGCUUACUUUCUGUAGAUGUGCUAGACACGUUGUGAAAGAAAUCGUCCCCUUGUCAGUGCUAAAUUAUGAUAAUACCUGACUGCAUUCUAUUGCAGUAUAUAUCUAGUCUCGUUACCAAGAAAUGACCAGAUUUCACUAUCACAGUAACGAGUCUUGCGCUGUAAAUCUUCUCCUGGAUUUCUUUGUGUCUUCAUCAGGGUUUUCACGAGGGACAAAACAAAAAAUCCAUUCAAAAAUAAAAAACCACUGGUAUGGAUCAUUUUCCAAUUAACAACCGGGGAAUUGAUGUGAAAAAAAUCACAACUGAAAGCGUUACCUUAUUUCGCACGAGAUCACCAAAAAAUCGCUCUGGAAAAUUUCGAGUUUACGGUAUAUGUGUUCAUGUACUUAUUAUUUUGUUUCUUGAGGAGCCCUGUCUCCAUUUUGCCAGUAGGUCUGGCCCACAUUUAUCCUCAUCACGGCAAGCUGUACGCUCGGAGGACACUAUCCACAGGACAUCUGGAUAAAAGCUAGGAAUUUGAACACCUUCAAGCAAAUAAUGUACAGAAGAAAUUUUAAAUAAAUUUAAUAGAAAAGGUA